CUCUCUCUCUCUCAUUGAGUGUUUUCGCCACCGCCGUCCACGGCCACCGUCCACUGCCACAAGUUCAGGAUUUGCCCACAAUGGCAUAUCACAACUCCCGUCACCUCCGCCUACUUUGUCUCACUUUCUUCAUUCUUCUUUCUUUCACGGCCGCCGAUGACGCCGCCGUAAUGCAAAACUUCGCCACCACCCUAUCCCCGGCGCCAACCACCUGGACUGGUACUGAUUUCUGUUCAUGGGAGGGUAUCAAUUGUGACAAGUCCAACCGUGUUACAUCCAUAAACAUAGCUUCCAAAUCCCUCACCGGAACCCUACCCCCAGACAUCAACCAACUUUCUCAACUCAAAAGCCUCGCCGUCCAACGCAACUUCCUCUCCGGGGACUUACCCACCUUGGCUAACCUCACCCUCCUCGAACAAGUCACCCUCGACAGCAACAAUUUCACCUCCAUCCCACCGGAUUUCUUUUUGGGCCUCAAUAAUUUACAAAACUUCAGCAUCUCUUUCAACACAGAUCUAUCUUCAUGGGUUCUGCCUGAAACUCUCUCUCAGAACACUAACUUACAAAGUUUUCAGGCCAGCAACGCCAACAUCACCGGCACCAUUCCGGACAUUUUCGGCAGUUUACUCAAUUUGCAGAGUCUCCGGUUAUCCAACAACAACCUCACCGGAAACCUACCUCCAAGUUUCGGCGGUUCACAAAUUCAGAAUCUCUGGCUCAACAACCAACUACAAGGACUCUCCGGUACGCUUGAUGUCCUCUCUUCAAUGACCCAACUCAGUCAAGCAUGGCUACAAGUUAACGUGUUCACCGGAGCAAUCCCGGAUCUUUCAAAUUGCACUAUCUUAUUCGAUCUGCAACUCCGGGAUAACCAGUUAACAGGUUUAGUUCCUCAAUCAUUAAUGUCCCUCCCCAAACUCGAAAACAUCACAAUCCAAAACAACAAAUUACAAGGUCCAUUACCUGUAUUUCAACCUCGUGUUCAUUCCGAAUUAGGAACAGAUACCAAUUCCUUCUGUUUAUCCACCCCCGGACCUUGCGACCCACAAGUGACGUCACUCCUUGACGUCGCCGGAGCUUUAGGGUACCCCAUGUCACUCGCACAAUCAUGGAAAGACAACGAUGCUUGCAAAGGAUGGAUUUUCAUCAGCUGUGAUUCUUCAGGGAAGAACGUGACAUCUGUAAGCUUUGGAAAACAGAAAUUCUCAGGUACUAUUUCUCCAGCUUUUGCGAAUUUGACAUCGUUAAGGAGUAUCUCAUUAAACGAUAACAAUCUUGUUGGCCCCAUUCCUAAAGUAUUAACAUCUUUACCCAACCUGCAACUUCUUGAUGUCUCCAACAAUAAUUUAUCCGGUGAUAUACCCGAGUUUCCAAACGGGGUGAGGUUUACAGAUGGUGGUAAUCCACUAUUAGGUACAGGUGGCCCUAGCGUGACACCUGGAUCUGGAGGGGGUCCCACUAACACAAGUGGAACCCCAUCCGGGCCCACGAAAGGGGUUUCAGCUGGGAUGAUUGUUGGGAUUGUGAUUGGUGUUCUUGUUUUUGUUAUGAUUAUAUCAUUUGUGUCAUAUAAAUGUUACAUCAAAAAACGAAACCAAAAAAAGGUUGGAAAUCAAGAAAAGGGUAAAGAUUUGGUUAAAAACGACCAUGUUGGUGUUGUAGUUGAUAAAUUACAUACCGAGGGUAGUGGGGAUAAGGAAAUGUCGGUUUUUGAAGGGGGUAAUGUUGUAAUUUCGAUUCAAGUUCUCAGACAAGUGACUGGUAAUUUCAAUGAAGAGAACAUAUUAGGAAGAGGUGGAUUUGGGGUUGUUUACAAAGGGGAAUUACAUGAUGGGACUAAAAUUGCAGUUAAAAGAAUGGAAUCGGGUGUAAUGGGGACAAAAGGGUUGAAAGAAUUUCAAGCUGAAAUUGCUGUUUUAACAAAAGUUAGACAUAGGCAUCUUGUAGCUCUUCUUGGAUACUGUAUUAAUGGAAAUGAAAGGCUUCUGGUUUAUGAGUAUAUGCCACAAGGGACUUUAAGUCAACAUUUGUUUGAAUGGAGGGGUAAUAACGGAAAUCCACUUAAUUGGAAACAAAGGGUUUCGAUUGCUUUGGAUGUUGGAAGAGGGGUUGAGUAUUUGCAUAGUUUAGCUCAACAAAGUUUUAUUCAUAGAGAUUUAAAGCCUUCUAAUAUUCUUCUUGGAGAUGAUAUGAGAGCUAAAGUUGCUGAUUUUGGUUUGGUCAAAAGUGCCCCUGAUGGGAAACAUUCUCUUGAAACAAAAUUAGCAGGAACUUUUGGCUAUCUUGCCCCUGAAUAUGCCGCAACGGGAAGAGUGACUACAAAAGUCGAUGUUUAUGCAUUUGGAGUUGUGUUAAUGGAGUUAAUCACAGGAAGAAAAGCCCUAGAUGAGACUUUACCCGAGGACAAAAGCCAUUUAGUGACAUGGUUUCGAAGGGCAAUUUCGUCCAAACAAGACAUAAUAAAAUCCAUGGAUCAAACACUUGAGAAUGAUAAUGAAGAAACCCUAGAAAGCAUUUUCAAGGUUGCUGAGCUGGCGGGUCAUUGUACUGCACGUGAGCCGCAUCAAAGACCCGAUAUGGGCCAUGCGGUUAAUGUGUUGGGCCCACUUGUGGAAAGAUGGAAACCUUCUAGAACCGAAGAAGAAGAAGAAGGAUAUGGUGGGAUUGAUCUUCAUAUGAGUCUUCCUCAAGUUUUGGAAAGGUGGCAAGCGGAUGAAGGAACUUCUAGAAUGUUUGGUGAUGAUUCUUUUAGUCAAACGGUUUCGAGUGUUCCUUCUAUGCCUUCGGGAAUUGGGGAUACGUUUGACUCCAUGAAUUGUAGAUAGUGAAAACGGUUGACUUUUGAUUGAAAGUUUGAAGGAUGAUUUGGAUACAUAUAUGGGGUUUUAUAAUCUAUGGUUCUUUGAUUUGUUCAUUAUUUUAGAUUAGAGAUUGAGUUAGUUUAUGGUUUCUAUUCUUUGGGUGGAGAUGUUGGGAGAAUAUGGGGAAAUUUAUAAUUUUUUACAAAGGAAAGAUGAUAUGGAUCACCUCUAUGAGA